UGGGCACUGACUGCAGCACACACUCAUGACUCUGAUUGUUGUGAAUGGCUCCGACACUUGGCACACUUGGCGGGCUGAAGUAACCGUCAGUCCGGGCACUGCUACCUGCUGCAGACAGAGGUUGCGCUGCGUACACCCAUGGGUGUCGCUACUGUGACCGUCUUGACUGCUGAACGUUGCCGCUUUGAUCGGUGCAGCUAUUUUCAGAGUCACUCGCGCGAGCUAUUCCGGACCGAUUGACUUCCUCGGGUAAUCUGGAUUGAGGAGCCGCACGGAGCGCUGCAGCAGACGCGGAGCAGGAGCAGCAGAGGAGGCACGGAUGUGAUGCCAAAGCUGGCCAGAAAAAACAAAGGUUCAAGUCUAGGAAAGAGAUCCGCUGGGUGUCCCCUCUGGAGAGGGAUCUGGACUGUGGUUCAGCCCAGCGAAAUGUAGCGCCUCACUGCCCUCAAAGCCGCAUUUGGAGACGUGCCUGCUGUCUACUCAUGAUUUCCUUGUAGUCUGGUCCAGGGGCAUCUGCUGCAGUCAUGUUUAGGAACAGCUUGAAGAUGUUGCUGACGGGAGGGAAGGCCAACCGCAAGAGUCGCAGCAGUGAUGGCGGCAGCGAGGACUUGGCAGACCCACGCUCACCCAGUCUAGACCCUCACCUGAGCCACAUCGGCCAAGGUGGCAGCAUAGACAGCGACUGUGCCUUCGAGGGAGACUACGCCGUGCCCCCGCUCCACAUGACCGAGGGCAUGCAGCACAUUCGAAUCAUGGAGGGCGUGUCGCGCUCCCUGCCCUCCUCGCCACUGCUCACUCACCAGACCAUUAGUGUGAGGCUGCAGCCGGUGAAGAAGCUCACAGCCCCUCUGCGGAAAGCAAAGUUUGUGGAGAGCCCUCGCAUUCCACAAUCAGAGCUUGGCUCCCCUACAUACACCUCCACCACUGCCAAGAAUCCAGACCUGGACACAUACUGCCCGGGGGAGUCAAGCCAGGAGCUGGGCCCCCCUCCGUCGGUGGAUGAGGCAGCCAACACAUUGAUGACGCGCCUGGGUUUCCUUCUGGGAGACAAAGUGAGCGAGGGGCCGGCCGGUACCCAGUACAGCAUGGAGGAACCCGAGGCGAGACAGGGCCAGAACCAGAGGAUAAGCCCGUGCUCCACCCUAACCAGCAGCACUGCCUCACCCCCUGCAGGCAGCCCCUGCUCCACCCUCCCCCCUGCCAUGCCGGGCCAGGCCGGGAAUAAAGACUGUGCCUACGGUUCUGUCACCAGUCCGACUUCAACCCUGGAGAGCAGGGACAGCGGGAUUAUUGCCACACUGACCAGCUAUUCAGAGAACAUGGAGCGAGGUGGGAAAUACGGCGAGGGAUCCCGGGGAAAUCUCAAACUGUGGCAGUCACAGAAAUCAGGCAUGGACUCGUUCCUGUACAGGGUGGAUGAAAAUAUGACCGCCUCCACCUACAGCCUCAACAAAAUCCCUGAACGCAACCUGGAGAGCAUGUCCUCCCACUCUGCCCACUCCAUCCCUCUGUACCUCAUGCCCCGCCCUAACUCUGUGGCCGCGACCAGCUCAGCCCACCUGGAGGACUUGGCAUACCUGGAUGAGCAGAGACACACUCCAUUACGCACCUCGCUGCGCAUGCCCAGACAGAGCACCACCUGCGGGCCGGGUCGCUCCGGGCAGGACCUGAGAGCUUCUGCUAAUAACACCCAUGCCUGGCAAUCCCAAUCACUGCGUUUUGCACCCUAUCGGCCUCAAGACAUCGCCCUCAAACCUCUGCUGUUCGAGGUGCCCAGCAUCACCAUGGACUCUGUCUUCACGGGCAGAGAGUGGCUCUUCCAGGAGAUCGACGCCCACCUCAACAGCCCCAAUGCUAGCACCAACCGUGGCGUGGCGGUAGUCGGCAAUAUCGGCUUCGGCAAAACCGCCAUCAUCUCUCGCUUGGUGGCUCUGAGCUGCCACGGCACCCGCAUGAGACAGAUCGCCUCCGACAGCCCGCAGGCCUCACCCAAACAUGGAGAGGGACUCCCUCUCACCCAGCCUCAGCCCACUCAUGGCACCCUGGGAGGAGGCAGCUGCCCCGGGACCCCUGAGAUGAGGCGGCGACAGGAAGAAGGCAUGAGGAGGCUGGCCUCUCAGGUGGUGGCAUACCAUUACUGCCAGGCAGAUAAUGCCUACACCUGCCUGGUGCCAGAGUUUGUGCACAAUGUGGCGGCAUUGCUGUGCCGCUCGCCGCACCUCGUUGCCUACAGGGAGCAGCUGCUGAGGGAGCCGCACCUACAGAGCAUCCUGAGUCUGCGCUCCUGUGUGCAGGACCCCCUGGCGGCCUUCAGGAGGGGGGUCCUCGAGCCUCUGGAUGCACUUUACAAAGAGAGGAAAAUCAACUCUGAAGAGGAUCUCAUCAUCCUCAUCGACGGUCUGAAUGAGGCAGAGUUUCACAAGCCGGAUUACGGAGACACCAUCGUGUCCUUCCUCACAAAAACCAUCAACAAGUUCCCUCCCUGGCUCAAACUGGUGGUCACAGUCAGAACCACGUUACAGGAGAUCACCAACGCGCUGCCAUUCCACCGCAUUUCUCUGGAUGCCCUGGAAGAGAACGACGCCAUAGAUCAGGACCUGCAGGGCUACAUCCUGCACCGCAUCCACAGCAGCCCCGAGAUCCAGAACAACAUCUCGCUCAACGGCAAGAUGGACAACACCACCUUCGGGAAGCUGAGCGCCCACCUUAAGGCCCUGAGCCAGGGCUCCUACCUGUACCUCAAGCUCACAUUUGACCUCAUCGAGAAGGGCUACCUUGUGCUAAAAAGCUCCAGCUAUAAGGUGGUUCCGGUGAACCUGGCGGAGGUUUACCUGCUGCAGUGCAACAUGCGCUUCCCCACACAGUCAUCGUUCGAGCGGGCGCUUCCUCUGCUCAACGUGGCCGUGGCCUCGCUUCAUCCGCUGACUGAUGAGCAGAUUUAUCAGGCAAUCAAUGCUGGCUCUCUGCAGGGCACACUGGACUGGGAGGAUUUCCAGCAACGUAUAGACAACCUGUCAGUCUUCCUGGUGAAGAGGAGAGACGGUACUCGGAUGUUUGUUCACCCGUCCUUCAGAGAGUGGCUCAUCUGGAGAGAAGAGGGAGAAAAGACAAAGUUCCUCUGCGACCCAAGGAGCGGUCACACACUACUGGCCUUCUGGUUCUCUCGGCAGGAGAACAAGCUGAACCGGCAGCAGACUAUUGAGCUGGGCCAUCACAUCCUCAAAGCACAUAUCUUCAAGGGUCUAAGCAAGAAAGUCGGGGUUUCCUCAUCUAUCUUGCAAGGCCUGUGGGUCUCCUACAGCACAGAGGGUCUUUCUGCAGCACUUUCUUCUCUAAGAAACCUCUACACUCCCAACAUUAAGGUGAGCCGGCUGCUCAUGAUGGGCGGUGCCAAUGUGAACUACAGAACAGAGGUGCUUAAUAACGCCCCCAUCCUGUGCGUCCAUUCCCACCUGGGCUACAUGGACAUGGUGGCUCUGCUGCUCGAGUUUGGCGCCUCUGUUGAUGCUCCAUCUGAAAGCGGGCUCACGCCGCUGGGCUAUGCUGCUGCUGGGGGUCACAUGGCUAUUGUGACUGCGCUGUGUCGCAAAAGAGCAAAGGUGGACCAUUUGGAUAAGAACAGCCAGUGCGCUCUGGUUCACGCAGCCCUGCGUGGUCACAUGGAAGUGGUAAAGUUCCUCAUACAGUGCGAUUGGAGCCUCGGCCCACAGCAGCAGCAGUCACCACAAUCCCAACAACAAGCGUCCUUCACCAAGAGCCAUGCGGUGCAGCAGGCGCUCAUCGCUGCAGCCAGUAUGGGAUACACAGAGAUUGUGUCCUACCUGCUGGACCUGCCGGAGAAAGAUGAAGAGGAGGUGGAGCGCGCUCAGAUCAAUAACUUCGACACCCUGUGGGGGGAGACAGCUCUGACUGCAGCCUCUGGUCGGGGGAAGCUGGAGGUUUGUCGUCUCCUCCUGGAGCAGGGGGCCGCUGUGGCUCAGCCCAACAGGAGAGGCAUCGUUCCGCUUUUCAGCGCCGUCCGACAGGGACACUGGCAGAUAGUGGACCUUCUCCUCACACAUGGUGCUGAUGUCAACCUACCUGAUAAACAGGGUCGCACUCCUCUAAUGAUGGCAGCCUCAGAGGGACACCUGGACACUGUUGAGUUUUUACUGGCUCAAGGAGCUUCUCUGUCUCUGAUGGAUAAAGAGGGUCUGACUGCUCUGAGCUGGGCUUGUCUGAAAGGUCACUUACCUGUCGUACGCUGCCUGGUGGAGAGUGGUGCCGCCACCGACCACACAGACAAGAAUGGACGCACGCCGCUCGACUUGGCUGCCUUCUACGGUGACUCUGAAGUGGUCCAAUUUUUGGUUGACCAUGGGGCCAUGAUAGAGCACGUAGACUACAGCGGGAUGCGUCCUCUCGACAGGGCGGUGGGCUGCAGAAACACGUCGGUGGUGGUCGCCCUGCUCAAGAAAGGAGCCAAGAUAGGAUGUCAGACGCUGCCCAGUCGGCCCCGAGGUCCAGCCACAUGGGCCAUGGCCACCUCCAAACCCGACAUCAUGAUCAUCUUACUUAGCAAACUCAUCGAGGAGGGGGACAGCUUCUACAAGAAGGGGAAGGUGAAGGAGGCAGCACAGCGUUAUCAGUAUGCCCUCAAAAAGUUUCCACGCGAAGGCUUCAGCGAGGACCUCAAGACAUUCAGGGAGCUCAAAGUUUCUCUUUUCCUCAAUCUGUCCCGAUGUCGGAGGAAAAUGAACGACUUUGGGAUGGCUGAAGAGUUCGCUACAAAGGCACUUGAACUGAAACCAAAAUCUUACGAGGCAUACUAUGCCAGGGCACGAGCCAAGCGAAGCAGCAGACAAUUUCCUGAAGCCUUAGAGGACCUGAAUGAAGCCAUAAAGCAGUGCCCAAACAACCGAGAGAUCCAGCGGCUGCUGCAGAGGGUGAAGGAGGAGUGUCACCAGCUCAGUGAGGAGGAGCACCAGCAGCAGGAACUGGAGCUGGAGCCUCCUCCCUCCCCUCCUCCUACGCCUCCCCCUGAAGACGAGGAAUCCCUGUCCCUGUCCAUGCCUCUCCCUCCUCCCCCAGAGCCUCGAUUAGAAGACAUGGAGCCUGUCCAGGACUUGUUUGAGGACGAGGACUACCUGGAGCAGGAGCUGGAGGCCAUGUCAGUGGGUCUGCCUCCACCUGAAGGUCUCUCCAAUCCCUCCAGCCUCCCCAUCAUUCAGAGCCCGCCGCUGUCCCCCACACAUCCAGAUCAGAUCUACCUAGGUGGAGGAUCUCCAAUGGGUCAGCCCUACGAGUAUCACCCCACCUCAUCCUCCAUGUCCUCCCCGACCCGUGGAUCGUACCAGCCGACGUCACCCUCCCUCUCCCCAACACACCAGAACUCCCACUACCGCCACAGCCCCCCCCACACCUCCCCUGUGCACCAGCAGUCAUAUGGCUACAGUUCGCCUCCUCUGGGUACUGCCGAUCAGAGCCCGCCGCCUUCACCGUUACGCCGGGCUGCUCAGUACAGAGCAAGUCCACCUCUAGAGAGCGUCUGUCUGUACAGGUCCCAGUCCGGAUCACCUGUUCGCUACCAGACAGAGCAGAUUCCCGGUCGACCCAAGUCCCCCCUCUCCAAGAUGAGCAGCCAGCGCUCAUUCCAGCUCAGCUCACAGCCUUCUCUGUCCUCGCAGCACCACCAAGCCCAAGGCCUCCGUCUGCAGCCAUCCAUAGCCCAGAUUGUCCGCACAAACCAGCCCAGCAAUGUGAUGGGGAACAGCAUGUACGGGAGCCAGAUGGGACACUCGAUGGGCGGCCGGUACCAGGGAGGAUCAGUGGACGUGGAGAGCCGUUUGGUGUACCAGCCCUCCCUGGAUGGGCGGUCCAUGCCCCAGGUACAGGCCAGCCUCAGCUCUGGGGCCCUCUGUCAGCACGGCGGCCGAGGAGGGGUAAUGGAGUCCAGCCUGUUGAAGGACGAGCUACCCCAGCGCCCCUCCUCUGCCUACCGCGCCAGCAGCGGGGGCCCGGGGGGCAUCCGUUACAGCCAGACCCCUCAGAUCAGUCGCAGCCAGUCCGCCGCCUACUACCCAGUGUCAGAACACGUAUUGGAACGCGCCAACGCCAUGCCCCCCUGCCAGCUGGGCUCUCCUGAGAUCCCCCAUAUGGUGCGGCGUCCUGUCAGUGCCAACACUACUGAGAUGAAACAGCAUGUGCCCACCCCUCGGCCCCUAAUCCACUCUCAGAGCGUUGGCCUCAGAUUCUCCCCGUCCAGUAACAACAUCUCAACUGGGUCCACUACAAAUUUAGCGCCAGGUUUCAUGCCGUCGUUGUCCAUCCAGCAGAUGGAAAUUCCCCUCCAGGCCACGUACGAGCGCGCCUGUGACGACAUGUCCCCCAUCUCUCCUUCUCAGGGCGGCGGGGGGCUGUAUCAAGGCGAGACCACCCGCUCUAGGAACACCCCCUUCAUGGGCAUCAUAGACAAGACGGCACGGACUCAGCAGUACCUGCACCAGCCUUCACGCUCCAGGCCCAUGACGUCCAUGGACUCCGCCAUCAGCCCCACCUCCCCCGGCCAGCUGGUCCAGCAAGGCUCCACCUACAGCCCCCCUGCCUCGCUAGGCAACAUCGCCUACUACAACAAGACCAACAACGCCCAAAACGGACACCUAUUGGAAGAGGACUACUACACCCAGACUCAGCCUCCUUCGCUGGGCAAGCUGGCCAACGGCUCCCGUGGUGGUGGCGGUGGCAACGGAGGGGACAUCCUGGAGCGGGUCAGCCAGGUGCCCACAUACCCGGACGUGAAAGUGGCAAGGACUCUGCCUGUGGCGCAGGCCUACCAGGACAACAUGUACCGACAGCUCUCCCGUGACUCCCGGACCCAAGGCCCCACCUCCCCCAUCAAACCAAAGAGACCUUUUGUGGAGUCGAAUGUGUGAUUGCAGGUCUGUGAUUGGUCGGUUGGACGUGGAUGUUGUUGUGAAUGAAAACAGGAAAAUAUUUAGCUCACCCUGUGUGUGUGUGACACCGACGAACUCAUGUCAAAGAACUCACGAGAGACAGAACCAGAGAGAGAAACCACACCGCUGGCACACACACGUAGGGUUUAGACACGAAAUAAAAAACAAAACAGAGAGAACGAUUAUUUCAUUAUCAUAUUCUGCACACACGGAGGAGAACAGGAGGGUCCUACGCUCUGAAUCAAAGACCCGCGCACUUCCAAAACGAUGCGAGGCACAACGUUCCCACAGGUGAACACGAUGGGUGGAACUAUGAGAGUGAAAGUACGAAUCAUCGGACUCUACUCGUGGACUCUGUAUCCAUCUUCUGUUCUUUCAAAGUGUGCUCUUAACCAAGGUUGCUUGUAGGCUCUAUUCUAUGUAAUACAAUACUAUAUGUUCAAUACUGUACAUUGCUCAGAAAAUACAAAUGGCUCAACAACUCAGUACUUAGAGAAAAAUGACAAUAUUUAUAAUUAAGUUAUAUAUUGUACAUAGAAAUGAAACAUAGUUUGCGUUUGAAUUGUAUUCUGUUAACCCUGCCUUUGUGUCAUACGGAAAUCAGAUCAGGGUGAGGGAUGAGGGACAUUGACCAACUUUGAACGCUUUUAUUACCUCGACUUUCUCUGAAUAAAUCAGAUUUUAUUGUAAAUUAAUGCAAAAAAGAUACUUACAAUGCUGCAAUAGCUCCUAACUGCAACUAACAUUUUUUAAUCACCUGAAAAAUUUUGGUUUUGCUUCUUUUGAAUGUCAGAGAAUAGAACUAUCAGUCCCCAAAGUCUACAAUGAGGACUAAAAAUGUCUUUUUGGUUUAAAACCCACAAGGUUUCAGUUACUAGGGCUGUGUGUCUUCACAGGUCUCACAAUUCAAUUCAGUGCUACGAUGGAUGGCAUCCUCACUCGCGUUGCUCAUCGCUGUUCUUUCCCCAAUGAAAACAAGCUUUCAAGAAACAUGGACCUUCUUUCUGAUUUUAGAUAGUACUUUAAAAAUACAUGACUUUACAUAAUAAAUCACAAUAAAUACAUCUGGAAAACCUGCAUCAUAGAAAGGAUGAUUUCAACCCCCCUGGGAAAGCAGAAAACCAUUCCAUUGGAGUUGCAACAUCAACAUUAUGAUGUUUGGCAAUUUCUGCUUAAAACAAUCAAUCAACAAGCAAAAAAAGCUGUGUUGUCGGGUGAAAUUAAUCAAUGAAAAUACAUCAAAUAAAAAAAAGAAAAAAUCUUUUUCCUAGUGAAAUAAACAUAUUUAAACUGGGUAUGCACAAUGACCAAUGCCAAUUUCAAGUCUAAGUAGGUGUAGUACUCAUAAAAGCAUGCUGUAAUCAGGAUUAUGUUAGAUUCAUCAUCUAUGUACUCAAAUAAUGAAUCUUGUUAGAUUCAUUGUUUGAGUACAUAGAUGAGGUUGUUGCCAUAUCCGUAGUUUGUUAAUAUUUCAACAUGAACAGCAAUGGAUGAAAAUAAAGCAGUACACAUUUGUGCUGCUAGUCAUAAGGAAGGUUGAGCAACAUAUAAAGUUAUACUUAGGGAUGCAUGAUAUUGGAAUCAGUAGAUAUUAGAUUAAAAAGUUAAAUAUGACAACUUCUAUCUUAUCUGAUAUAUCACUGGCAGUGUGAAUCAGGGCCAGAGCCAGACAUGUUAAAUAUCCAGGGCUAAGCCCAAACGAAGGACGGUCCAGAGGGAGGCUUACCCAGAAAGUCUCUGGUUAUCUGGCAGCUGUAUGCCCUAUUUAUAUGCAAUUUAAAACACAAAUUUAGGAUCAAAAUGCUAAAAAAAAAUCUGUGCAUCAUAUUGGCAAAAUGAUGCAGCUCAGCCUAAAAAAACAUCCGCAGCACUUGCAUAUUUAUUUUCUCAAUCUGGUGUAAAAGUUUACAACUUUAACUUUGGAUUUUCAAACAUAAAAAGCAACAUAUGGGAUUACAGAUAUUUAUUUAUUCACAUAAAGGCUGAAAAUGUAUUUUCAUAACAGUGUUAUAAGUACUUUUUUUAACUGCAAUGAGUGUAGCAGUUGGUGAAAAAACAUUUAAGUUAUGCUUGACUUUUAAGAAUCAAAUUUCCAUGUUGUGAUCACCCAGGCCCAGCUGUCGAGCACUUAUUUCUUUUUGCAUUUUUCUAUUGUAGCAAACAUAAGCAACAUGUUUUUAACCAUUUCUAAGAAGACAUUCAGGGCUUAAGCCCCAUGAGCCACUCCCACACUCCGCCUAUGGUAUGAAUCAUGAGUUAGUCUUAAAUUUCAUCAAAAUGUACAACUGUACCGUCAGGUAUAGGUGGUUUCCUACUGCACCACACACUUAAGGGUGACCACCGUGAACCCUGAAUGCUGAAUGAAGCCCCAAAUAAAAUACAGCUACUUUCCUGCUCCUCUCUCAGUGCCGCUUGACUCCACCUCUCUUUGCACUGGAGACACUAGGUGGUUUUUGCUAUUAAAAAAAAAAAAAAUUUGUAGAUCAACAUUCCCUGAAAUGAGUUGUGAAACAUCAGCAUAUCAGAUAUUGGCAAAAGUCUAAUAUCAUGCAUCCCUAGUUGUCAAGUUUUCAAAUGUAGAACUGGUACUUGGCUUGAAAAAAAAUGUUGUCAGUGCAUCUUUAAUAUACACCAAACUGUAUGUAGAGGGUAAAAAGAUGCAUUUCACCCUUCACAAAGCAAAACAACAUGGAUGAGCCAAGAAGUAAUAAAGACAACAACUUUCUCCCACUUCUUUGCAGUGGCUUCUUUGUAUGUUUUGGCUACAAUUUCACCCAUUCUCUAAGAUUUGUUGGCUCUGGUUCAUGCCAUCUACAGAGUUGAGCAAAUAUUUACCCAGACUGUGUUUAUUUUAGAAAUAUUCCAAAAGAUAUGGCCCAAUUGGCACCAAUGUGUCCACACUGUCUUGAUUUGCACACCUUUUGAGAAUCAAGCCUUAAGCUGGUGAUUGAAUACUUGAGCAAGAUCAGAAAAACUGCUGCACACAGCCCCUGCACCCAUGUUUUAACAUCAUGUUUGUGACUUUGUCACCUGCCUCCAUCUGAUUGGAGAGGUUUCAUUGAUAUUUUUUUACUCUGUUUUUAUUAUCUGUACUGUAUCACCAAUCAUCCUGUUAAACCAGUGUAAAGUCUGCAAUAUCACAUCAUUUUAAGGCAUAUUCAACCAAACAGCCCUCUUCUUUUAAUCAGCUUUCACUGUUAACUGCUCCAUCAGCUAUGUUAAAAGUCAAAGAAACAGCAGACACAGCUUUGGCCAGGCUCGUGUGGUCACUCUGCAGAAGUCCUAAAGCUUCUCAUGAGCGAUAGCUGAAGGAAUGAAACAUUUUAUUAGUAAAACUAGUUUAGCACUGCUGUAAUACCAAAUCCUGUGCUAGGUUUGUUUUAGUGUUUGGCACUUGAGACUCAAAGUUGGCCUUUGUCCCUCCUCCGUUCAGAAGGUCACUGUAAGUUCAUCAGAGAGAGAACGUACAGUUUACACGUCAGAGAUGGGUUAACAUUGACAGUGCUCAGCGAUUAAAAGCAAGCAAAUGCAUACACGACCACUGUUACCAACGUUCCCCUUUCUCCUGCAUUACUCUGUCCUUUUCUUUUUACCCACGAUGCAUUUUUAUUCCGCCACUUCUGCACUAAAAAUGCCUGUUAAGUUCUUAACUAAGGGUGCACUUUAUGUAAUUUUACUUACUUUGUUGUUAUGAUUGUUGGAGAAAGUGGGUGUGUGAUCGCUAACCUCUGAUACCAGACUAUCAUGAGACGCUUCUAUGAUUUACAAAGCAGUGAUGAAUGACAAUAUGAAGAGCAAACAGUGUUUUUAAACUGGUGAAGAUGUAUAGAGUUUCUAGCACAAGAUGUAAAUACUGACUCAGAUAUUCCUCUCAGUCCAGCGCAGGUUCAAUACAUCCUAUUUAAAUAUUCUAUCCAUAGAAGUCUAAAUUAACCAGUCUAAUCCACUGGUGUGCACACAUGUUAACAUAAAGUCAAAUCUACUGCAAAAAAGUGAAGAGAAAGUGGAAUAAUAAGAAUAUUCAAGUUAUUUGUAUAUGUGGGGAAAGUUAUGGACCAUUUGUCUGUAACCUUUAAUUUUAUUUUCUCUGCUAAAGAAUAUCUAAAGAGGGAUUCUUCCUCCUGCUCCUCCCAGAGAGACGCCCUGCUUGUCUUUACAGAAAUGAAGGUAUAACCUGUACUAUACUUAAUUUAAACCAGAGGGUGUAUGGUUUAAGCUGUGUGUGUAUAUUAGUUUGCUGUAAAUAGUCCGAUGCAUGUUCUAUUCUUUCCAUGAGCUCCAGCGGAAACAUGUAUAGCAGUGUUCUGGCUCUGGUGUGUGAUAUAAGGAGACUGCUAAGCCCUGAACGAUCCUCAUCAUUUUCCUUCAAACCUCACCAGGCAAAAGCGAGCAGUUCUUUUUUGAUUUUAUUUUAAUGUGUUUGCUUGCUGAGCAGAGUUCUCUUGUCUGUAAAUGUGAGCUUUCAGAUCGCUGUGAUAAAAGUUUAAUUAAAAACAAUAAAAAAGAAUGUGUUUUUAUCUCAUGAUAACUGAUUGUAAUCUGUACAGUCAAACCUAUGUAUUGGAAAAAAAGAACAUAUUUAUAAA